AAAUUAUAUGUAACUAAGACAAGUUUCAUUACUCUAGAUUGAUGUGCAAGGAAUUCGAAGCUUGAGAAGCAAGAAACUUGAAUGGUCUUGAGUUCAAAUCCCCACAUAGAUACGAUCAUACGAAGAAGUUCGGUUUUAGGGUUUACUGUCAAUAGACAAAGAACCAUAGAACUCGGAUAGUACUAAGUUCCAUCCUCCAGAUAGAUGAAAAAAACCAUAUUAAGGGCCAUAAAAUGUCUUGUGCUUUGUAUUGGACAAAGUUAUAAAAGCAAGGUGGCUGUCAUACAACAAAAAUAAAAUAUCACUAAAAAAAUCUAACUGAAUUGGAAAUUAAAUUUUAAUUUGUGAUUAUUUUCCAUAAUAAGAAAAUAUAAGCAUUCAAAUUUUCAAUCAUUAUCAAGAGAUACGUGUACAUAAGAUUCAAAUCCCCCAGAAUCAGUAAAAUCAAAGGAAUACUAAGAAUAGAAUGUACCGUUGACUAGUUAUCUUUCUUAUAUAGAGAGUAUGUUACUAUACUGUCCUCUUUUAAUUUUGGAAAAAUAACAGCAAUUUGUUUCCUUUGUUUUCUUUUGAGAAAGAUUUGUUUCCUUUUGUUACAAACCAAAGUUGUUAACUAUUCCAAAAUAUGAAAUAUAAAUACUACUUAUGAACUCCUAAAGCUUCAUCACCAUCACGUAAUCAACUUGUAAUGAACAAUGUCUCUAGUCAAAAGACUCAAACCCAGCAUCUUAUUACUAUUUGCAAUCGCUCUUUCCUGUAAUUUCAUUCUUCCAUCUUUAGCCCAAGACUGGAAACAAGAAUUCCUAGAGGCACAUAACGAAGCCCGGCACGAGGUUGGGGUAGAGCCAUUGGUUUGGAGCGAUGAGGUCGCUGCUUAUGCCUCGAGCUAUGCAAACCAGAGAGUCAGUGACUGUGCCAUGGUCCAUUCGAAUGGACCUUUUGGAGAGAACAUAGCAUGGAGUAGCGGAGAUAUGUCGGCUGAGGAUGCUUCGGAAAUGUGGAUCGACGAGAAGAAGUACUACGACUACGAUAGCAACACUUGUAAUGAUCCAAACGGUGGCACUUGUCUGCAUUACACACAAGUGGUUUGGAGAAACUCUCUUCGAUUGGGAUGUGCUAAAGUGGUGUGUAACAGUGGUGGUACUUUUAUUACAUGCAACUAUGAUCCUCCUGGUAAUUACAAUGGAGAAAAACCAUAUUAAUGAUUUUUCAAUGAUAUAAAAUGAAUUACUUUUAUAGUUUUUUUUUGUUUAUAAGAAGUUAAAAAGGAUCGGAUAAUGAGAUAAGAAGUUGUUACUGUCAUUUCUUAGCUGUACAUGAAAUAUACAAACAAUUUUAGUUGGCUGGCUAAGAGCAUGCACAUCGACCGUCUAAAAUCUCUCAACCAAACGAAAAUUGUUUUCUUAAUUUUUCAACUUUGCUUUAGUUUUUAAACCAAUUAAAGAAUGACAUGUAUUAAAUGGGUUUCUUUACCAUUCGCCUACGACUUUUCAUAACCAUACGCUUCUCAGAGCAUCAACAACGGCGUGUCUUAAAACUGCUCCUUUAAAAAAAAAAAAAUUUAAAAUUAUGUGGAUACCACCGUUAUUUUUAGGACUGCCUCUUCUACCUCUUCCGUAAGAAGCGAGUUUGAGAGGAUUUUGCCACUUUUGGCGGACCCCACUGAUACGUGGCGGUCCGCGAUUGGUUUGUUUUUAAUUUUUUUUUUUAAUCAGACAAAAAAAACCUAAGAGCCCUCUACGGUCAAUGAUGGUCUUACCUCUCUCCUCUAAAGUGGUGUGUAACAGUGGUGGUACUUUUAUUACAUGCAACUAUGAUCCUCCUGGUAAUUACAAUGGAGAAAAACCAUAUUAAUGAUUUUUCAAUGAUAUAAAAUGAAUUACUUUUAUAGUUUUUUUUUUUGUUUAUAAGAAGUUAAAAAGGAUCGGAUAAUGAGAUAAGAAGUUGUUACUGUCAUUUCUUAGCUGUACAUGAAAUAUACAAACAAUUUUAGUUGGCUGGCUAAGAGCAUG